AGAGCAUCAGCAAGAGCCGGCCGCAGAGCAUGCUGUUAGAAUGGGCUGUUGUUUUAGUAAAGAGUUGUGUCCACGCAAAACCAUCGAAAAGACCGGAUUGUUCAGUACGGCAUCAUGUGAUGACUUGGGACAAAGCCCUCCUUCAGAAAAUGAGGAUUUUCACUCGGAAGAAAAGGCAUCAAGCUGUUUGAAAACUGCCACUUCCACGCCAGGAGAUGUGCCUUCCUUAAAUCCAGAGCUUGGAAGCCACGGGUGCAAGGGCGCCAGAUACACGUGCUACAACAGCAUGGACGAAAGUCAGCCUUCCCAGAGAGCAAGCCGAUACAGGUCAGACAACUUUUUCUACCCUUUAAACUGUGCACCUCAUGUACUGGCAAAGUACGACAGUCUGAAAGAGGCAGAAACCGCAGAGGGAUUAAUCUGUGACAUGCAUUCACUAAUUGAUUCCAGGGCUCUAAAGGCCCAACGCUCUGUGUCACGGGGCAGCGAGAACUGUAGCGGUGUAACCUCUAAUUCUGCUGUUCCGAUAGUUUCACGGCCCAGUUGUGACCGUGGUGCUGGGUCUCACGUGUCACUGACUCCAGAGCAAAGCCCGCAGGAAGUUUCCUUCUUAAAAGCACAAGCCUUGGACAUAAGCCAGACCACAUGGAAGAGUUCAUUUACGGAACAAGUGAGUGAAGAAAAUGAUGCGGCCAACAUCUGUCAGGGCAGAACCGUAAUGGACCUCAGUAAAACAAAAAAGCACAUGGCUGAAAGCCUGCACUUAGUCGGCUCUGCAGAUGAAAGUCACAAUACAAAUGUAAGGACUAACACGUUUUAUAGCAUUUGUGUGGUUGAUUCUGAUGAUCUGAAACUUGAUGAAGUACCUGAAUCAUUUCCGUCGGCAAAGCAGCCUUAUCUUUUCCCCCCUGAAGGUUCAGAUUUUGCAGUAGAAAGCACUUACAGCCCAGCACCCAGUGAUGCCCAGCUGGCAAAUAAACCAUCAGAGCCAGAGGUAGAAAGUACUUACAGCCCAGCACCCAGUGAUGCCCAGCUGGCAAAUGAACCAUCGGAGCCAGAGGUAGAAAGUACUUACAGCCCAGCACCCAGUGAUGCCCAGCUGGCAAAUAAACCAUCAGAGCCAGAGGUAGAAAGUACUUACAGCCCAGCACCCAGUGAUGCCCAGCUGGCAAAUGAACCAUCAGAGCCAGAGGUAGAAAGUACUUACAGCCCAGCACCCAGUGAUGCCCAGCUGGAAAAUGAACCAUCGGAGCCAGAGGUAGAAAGUACCUACAGCCCAGCACCCAGUGAUGCCCAGCUGGCAAAUGAACCAUCGGAGCCAGAGGUAGAAAGUACUUACAGCCCAGCACCCAGUGAUGCCCAGCUGGCAAAUGAACCAUCGGAGCCAGAGGUAGAAAGUACUUACAGCCCAGCACCCAGUGAUGCCCAGCUGGCAAAUGAACCAUCGGAGCCAGAGGUAGAAAGUACUUACAACCCAGCACCUAUUGAUGCCCAGCUGGUAAAUGAACCAUCGGAGCCAGAGGUAGAAAGUACUUACAGCCCAGCACCCAGUGAUGCCCAGCUGGCAAAUGAACCAUCGGAGCCAGAGGUAGAAAGUACUUACAGCCCAGCACCCAGUGAUGCCCAGCUGGCAAAUGAACCAUCGGAGCCAGAGGUAGAAAGUACUUACAACCCAGCACCUAGUGAUGCCCAGCUGGUAAAUGAACCAUCGGAGCCAGAGGUAGAAAGUACUUACAGCCCAGCACCCAGUGGUGCCCAGCUGGCAAAUGAACCAUCGGAGCCAGAGGUAGAAAGUACUUACAGCCCAGCACCCAGUGAUGCCCAGCUGGCAAAUGAACCAUCGGAGCCAGAGGUAGAAAGUACUUACAGCCCAGCACCCAGUGAUGCCCAGCUGGCAAAUGAACCAUCGGAGCCAGAGGUAGAAAGUACUUACAGCCCAGCACCCAGUGAUGCCCAGCUGGCAAAUGAACCAUCGGAGCCAGAGGUAGAAAGUACUUACAGCCCAGCACCCAGUGAUGCCCAGCUGGCAAAUGAACCAUCGGAGCCAGAGGUAGAAAGUACUUACAGCCCAGCACCCAGUGAUGCCCAGCUGGCAAAUGAACCAUCGGAGCCAGAGGUAGAAAGUACUUACAACCCAGCACCUAGUGAUGCCCAGCUGGUAAAUGAACCAUCGGAGCCAGAGGUAGAAAGUACUUACAGCCCAGCACCCAGUGAUGCCCAGCUGGCAAAUGAACCAUCGGAGCCAGAGGUAGAAAGUACUUACAGCCCAGCACCCAGUGAUGCCCAGCUAUUAAUUAAACCAUCGGAGCCAGAGGUAGAAAGUACUUACAGCCCAGCACCCAGUGAUGCCCAGCUGGCAAAUGAACCAUCGGAGCCAGAGGUAGAAAGUACUUACAGCCCAGCACCCAGUGAUGCCCAGCUAUUAAUUAAACCAUCGGAGCCAGAGGUAGAAAGUACUUACAGCCCAGCACCCAGUGAUGCCCAGCUGGCAAAUAAACUAUUGGACACAGAUUUUGCAGUCUUAACUGAUUUAAACCAUGUUGACAAUGGACUUACAUUUUCCAAUGGGGCUAUUCUUUCCGCAAAUUCGCCAGAUUUGCUUACAUUCGGUACUGGAAGCCCAGAAUGCGUUAGAAGUGAUUUUAAAGAACUUCCUAUAGAUAGACAGACACACAAAUAUGAACUAGACAUAGGCCAAGAUGGAUCAGUUCCAGUUUCUUUCUCAGGCGACCCAAAUGACGAGAAACGCUCCAAAGAACAGACAAAUUACAUUGAUCCUUGCCCUGAAGAUAUAAAUAAGCUCUCAGAACAUGAUUCAACCCAUUUACUAUGUUCUUUAAAUGAAUCUGUGCAAAGUAUAGGAGAAGGUUCAGAUGGUGGUUGUGCAAAGUGUGACACACAGCUGGACAUGAACCCUAUUGAUGAUACACUUUGUUGUUUAUAUUCAGAAACUGAUUCUUGUAAUACUAUGAAAGGCAAUAGUUCUGGAAUAAUCUCGUGCCCAGAGGUGCACUGCAGUACUGAUCAUUUUCCAGUAUGCGCUGAUGAUUUUAUGAGCAACUCUAGUGCUAACGAGUUAUUGGAAUCUAAAUCAAUAGCCCAAGAUGGUCUAACCGAAGCAUGUUUGCUGGAAAGAGUCAGGCAAUGUUUAAAUACAGACCUGGAUAUAAAUCUUGAAAAUCCUGUUGAGCAACCCACGCACUUAACUUGCGAGAAAGAACAGGAGGGUCAUUUCUUGUGUAGCCCCAUGUCUCUGAAUGAAAGCAACGUUGUGUCCAGUUGUCAUUCGGAUUUAAGUGAAGGUUUACAGAACAAUAUGUUCACAGUAGGGCCUGACGUCAGAGAUGAACGUAUAAUGCUUAUUGUCCCAGAAGAGUCACACCCUGUGCCCAGUAACCAUGAUAUUGUUGACGAGAACACAGAUCUAAGCAGCUCUCCAAUUAAGGACCAAGAACGCUCUGCAUAUAAUAUGGGACCUUUAGAACCGGAUGGGCCUCCUGAGGGUUUACCCUCCUUAGAAGUACAGGGCCCUGUUUCUGCACACCAAAUUACUGAAGAGUUUGUAACGGAGACUUUAUUAAGUUAUGACGUUCCCAGCAUGGAUCAACAUCCGAAUGUUGUGCUGUUGGAUUGUGUUUCCAGUGAUCUAAACACGACUCCAAUAAUUAUAGGGGAUAUUACAAAUCUGCCAACUGAGAUUUCAUGCUGCGGCUCCUCUGUUAUGGAAGGAAAUGUGGUCUCUGCGAUUAGUUAUUUUGACAUAAAUUCACCUAUUAAUAGUUGUCCAGACAAGGAGGGAGAGACUACAAUAAAUAGUGUUUGUAAUAAUACAGAAGGAAGUGAAAGAGAUACAUAUGGGCCCAUUGGCGUCUUUGGUUCUGAUUAUACAGAAACUUCUUUUGAAUGUGAGUUCCUGGGUGAAUGUGAGGUGUUACAACAGAUACCCCCAGUUUUAGGUGAGACGAUGGAUUAUAGCGUUGAAAAUGAAUUGGGACAUUUGUCAACGGAAUUAACACAAGAUUAUGUUGAUCAUAAUCAAAAUGGCGCUGAGGCAGAAGACUUUCAUGAUGGGUUCUGUACCAGCAGGCCCAGUUAUUCCCAUAGCCAGGUUGAUGAGUAUGCCGCUACUCCUUCUUAUGAAAUCCACAGGGUGGCCCAGGAAACUCUCUGCGCUCUAGAAUCCUCCGAAUGUAGGGAAGAGCCUGUGUUAAAUCUAAUGGAAGAUCUACUGGAUGAAUCUCUGGCAACAAGCCCACCUCUGGAUGAUAGUGCCCACCUAUCCGAUGGCAGUUUUAUUCUUAGUUCUGACUAUCCCGUUGACUUCCUAUGGCAUCAUGCUCUAUUAGAGAACCUCAAUGGAAAUGAUGGAGACCACUACAGUGAUGAGAAUCUUAACAUGGCAGAUAUCUCUGCCGCAAAAUAUGCUUUUCAUCUUUUAGUUCCAGAGAGUAACAGCAUCUGGGGAUGGCAAGAAAUGUGUUCUGAUUCCGAAUCAACCAAGGUCUCAGAGUUAAACCCCAAUGCUAAAGUAUGGGGGAAUCCCAUGUUGAAUGUGGAAGCUGGAGGUACUGCUGAUGGAACUGUGGCUCCAUCCUGGGAAGAGUUGCCCGAUGAACCUCCAGACUCCUCCAGAGAAGGCCUGGACGCCAAUGAUGACAGUGACAAGAAAAGUCAAAAUGCAGUGUUAACAGUGUUACAAGAAGUACCCCCAUCAGUUUCUGUAUCGGACAGAACAGACAUGAACACUAUAUCUCUGGGAAACUCGGAAUAUGAAUCUAUGCACGAAACCACCCAUUCAGGGGCAAAUGAUCUCCCACAGCCAGAAGGUCAAGAAGACCUCCGUGAUUUGCUUAAGAAAACACUGGAAUUUUGCUUAUCUCGAGAGAAUCUGGCCAGUGACAUGUACCUAAUAUCACAAAUGGACAGUGAUCAAUAUGUGCCAAUAAUGACUGUAGCUAAUCUUGACCUCGUCAAAAAACUCAGCACCGAUAUGGAUCUAAUCGUCGAUGUGUUACGAUCUUUGCCUCUGGUGCAAGUGGACGAGAAAGGAGAGAAAGUCAGACCAAAUCAGAAUCGGUGCAUUGUGAUUCUGCGGGAGGUUCCUGAAUCUACUCCAGUUGAAGAGGUGGAAGCCCUCUUCAAAGGAGAGAAUUUGCCUAAAUUUAUUAACUGUGAGUUUGCCUAUAAUGACAAUUGGUUCAUUACAUUUGAAUCAGAAGCUGAUGCACAACAGGCUUACAAAUACCUCAGAGAAGAGGUAAAAACAUUUCAAGGGAAACCUAUUAAGGCCCGAAUAAAAGCAAAGGCGAUCGCUAUCAAUACAUUUUUGCCAAAGAAUGGUUAUAGACCACUGGACAUGAACUUGUACGCACAGCAGCGCUACACGACGUCCUUCUACAUACCUCCAGUGUACAGCCCCCAACAGCAGUUCCCACUCUACAGCUUAAUUACACCUCAGACCUGGUCUACUGCACACAGCUACCUGGACCCUUCCUUGGUCACGCCUUUCCCUAAUACUGGAUUCAUCAAUGGGUUUACGUCUCCAACAUUCAAGCCAGCAGCUUCUCCUCUUGCUACUCUUAGACCAUAUACACCAAGGAACAGGAAUCCUGGCAAAUCACAUCUACGACAUACAAUACCAAGCACAGACAGAGGGCCGGCACUUCUUGACGGGCCAACUAUCUUCAACUUUACUACUGACCGACUGAUUAACGGGGUGCGCGCCGCACCCACACGGCAGCCAGGGCAAAACAGAACGCGGAUGCAGAAUGCGUCUACUUUUGUGAAAAGAGAGAUCGGUACUGGCAGGGUGGAGCCCACAAAUAUUGACACUUCGCCUGGCCUUGGACGAGGGAGGAAAAAUUCUUACGGUUACAGAAAGAAGCGGGAAGACAAGUUUUCGAGAGGUCCGACACAGUCCCCUCCACCCAUGAAGCCGCCCUCUCCUAGUUUUGAAUUGGGCUUGUCUAGUUUCCCGCCUUUACCUGGUGCUGCUGGCAAUUUAAAACCUGAAGACUUCUUUGAAAACAGAAUGUCUACUUUGGUGAUAAGUACAUCAAAAGAAAAGAACCUUAAUGUGGAUGCAAGUACAAACACUGUUCCGUCUGGUAUCCCCCGGGAGCCAUUGUUGCCUAUUCCUGCUGCACUGCCUGUAACUUUCCAGAGCCCACCGUCCCCAUCGCAUUCUCCGGAUGAAUCAAAGAUGAUAGAUGUACAGCAGAGAGAGUCCCCUACUAUAGAAAGGAUUUCUGCCACUCUAACCACCGCCAGCAAAUCCGUUCAAGUCAAUGGAGCGGCUACAGAAUUAAGGAAACCCAGUUAUGCAGAGAUUUGCCAGAGAACAAGCAAGGAUGCGCCUACAUUACAGCCCACAAAGGAUCAGAAGCAAAACUCGACAGCCUGUGCGAAAGAAGAAAAAAAGCUUGCUGACACAUCUACAGAAAAGUCAAGGGAGAACCCACCUCCCAAAUCCAACCCAGGGCGGCCCAAAGACCAGAGGAGACUGUCAGGUCGCAGGUCUCCUCCUCCUCCUCUGGCCAUUGGAAAGCGCGUGAAUAAGGAACCCGGCAGCCCUCUGAAAUCUCCUUAGUGAGACACUAUCCAGAAGGAGCCCUAAGCAUCACACCUUUAUGGCUGAGCCCCACUCAAGUACAAUGAAAUGAGCUGCUGGAUUAGAGUAGGUAGCAAUGGGCAUAUGAAAGGCUUCUUUAUCCCCUCCCCAUGCCUUGUUAAACCUGAAUGAUUUCAGGUUCAACAGUCAGUUGCCAACAUCCCCUAGUCAAUAUCAGUUUGGCUGUUUAAGUGCUUAGCCUGAUGAUUGAUUUUCACUCCAUAUUUCUAGGCCAAAUAUAUCAUAUCAAGUGUUUUGUUCAUAUUUUUCAAUAUAUAUAUAUUUCCUUUUGAUUAGUACAUUAAUUUAGUGUACUGAAGGCUUCAGAAGGAUUUUCUUUUCCUGUUUUGCCCCAUGCAAAAAAAAAAAAAAAAAAAAAAAAAUAGCAAAAUGUAUCCUUCUGUAUUAUUUUAUGUUUCUUUUAUUGCUAUCAAUGAAGUUUGGCCUUUAAUGGAGUGAAUAGCAAUCGUCGCUUGUUAUAUACCAUCUUGUCUCCAAGGAAGUUCCUUGAUUAUUUGCUACCAUAACCUAUCCAGCUUCACAUUAUAGUACAGGGAGUCGAUGCAAUCAGUUUUCAAAGCACAUUGCUCUUAAUUAAGAGAAGAGAGUGCAAGCACUGACGGCUGUAUUUCUCUCUUGCACCGUUUCAUAUUCUUCCCCCUCAGAAACCAUAGUUCAUUUAUGGAAAGAGAAUCCAAUGCCGGCCGGGUCUUAACUGCGUACUGUACAGGAAGUACGUGUGGCACCUCCUGAUUUGUUGGCACAAGUGUAUGGAUUCACAAAACUCGUGUGAUAAUGUUUAGGUUGUUCCUUCAAGUAAUCGGGGAUGGGUCCCGGGGUAGGAAUGCCUCUCAUGAACCCCCCACCAGCGGGCGGGGGGGAGUAAGGUUUUUAUUACAAGUUGUAUUCAAUUUAAAAAAAAAAAAAGAAUUCUGAAGGACAAGGAUGCACUAAAUUUAGCACGUUUCUAAUAAAGAAUAUAAAUUAUUUUAGUUUUUGAAAUGUGUUAAGAAAGAAAAAAAAAACAUAAGUAUUCAAAAAAGCGGGGGAUGUUUCCGCUCAUUAGAGUACAGUUUGUUCCACACAUUAUUUAACCUGACACCUACCAACGGCGUGCUGCUGUCUACACUGGUAGUCCAAAAGGUUACACAACUGUUAUGAUUUUGUUUUGUUUUUUUUUUUUUUCCUUUUCUUUUAUGAAAAAGAAAAUAUUUCCAUCCGAUAUUUAAAGACUUGAAUUUUAUUUAAACUUGAAAAAAAAAAUGACUUUGCCUUAACUUUUGUAUAAGACAGCUUAGGUUUAAUUAAGUCUGACCCCCUUAAGGGUUAGCAUGAGUGAAAUACAAACUUACUUGGUCUCAGUGUAUAUCUGUUAUGGCCGAGCCGAGUAAUAACACUGUUGUACAGGAACUAGCAACAGUUUGUUUUUGUAAUAUACCUUCACUUUACUUUUCUUAGCUUUUUUUGUUUUUUUUGUCUGAUUUUGUCUUUUUUUUUUUUUUUUUUCCCUUUUCAGAUUGUUAAAAUGUAAAUGCAAAUAGUCGAUACUGUAUUAAAUAUGUGCACUUGAAAGUGUGUGCUUUGCUUGUACAGUUGUAAAUAAUCAGAACAUAUAAAGAAAAAAAAAGGUACCUUAUGGGAAAAAAUGCUAAAAAAUUAUUGUUGAUAUAUUAUAAAUGUUGCUGUUGAGCUGGAUGUAGAUAAAACUCAAUGUUGUGGUUUGAAUAUUCAGUUUUUUUUUUUUCUUUUCAUUUUCUUUUGAAAUCUUGGUGUGUGGAACUGACUCGCCUGUUCACUGCAAAAGGGAGAUGUAGUAGAGUCUUACUUGGAAACAAAAACCCUCAUCUGUUCCGAAUGACAAUAUUAAUAACACACAAAAAAAAGACUUUUUAGAAAACCAAUGUAAAUAGUGUUCGCUGGGAACCACUACCAAUGGCGCUAGUUCACUAAAUUCAUGUUGACUGAUUCAUUUUUUUUGUUCUACACAAAAUGGCUGACUUAAUCUUACUACUUGACCAUUAAUGUUCAUGCCAGUAGCAGUAUUUAAACAUUGUCAACUUGUUUCAAGUCAUUAUUUCUCGUUUGUGCUGGAGAUAUUAUUCAGAUCAUUUUUGUUUUGCUCAACUCAUUUUCUAUAGAAAAAAAAAACGGUCGACUCAAGUACUCAGUAUUUUAUAGCAUUUUUUUUUUAAUAAGUCAACUCUCAUUCUUGCAAAAAAAAAAAAAUAGAAAAAUAGAAAUUCACUCGCUGCAUUCACAGUGCAGAGUGGCAGGGAGUGUAUUUAUGGGAAAAUCAGUCUUGCCUAAUGAAGUUUUAAUUUGUAUGUGGCAGAAUUGCUCUUCCAAAUUAUAUAUAGAUAUAUAUACAUACUGUACAUAUGUGUGUGUAUAUACCUAUAUAUCAUAUAUAUUACACACAUAUGUAGGGUAUGAUUUCUGAAAACUUGACAAAGGAACAGCCGGAAUGGAAGCAGCAAUAUAUAAAUUCAUCUGGGCGCUCGGUAUGUGUGGGAAUUACAUUUGUUCAGUGUUGGGAAAUUAAUCAAAGUACAGGGUAAUUUUUCCAUUAUUAAGUCACAGUGAUAUAAUGUGAAACGCAAACCAGCAGAAAAUUAGGUUUUCUUUUUCCAUUCUGUUUCACUUUUGAAUAUCUAAACGUGUGCGGUUGUAUCUUUUUUGUGCUGACAGAACAGUCCUCUGCAUUUAUGUACUUGUAAGCGAAUGCUGCUGUGUUGCUUGCUUUGGCCGAGGCCUUCACGUUGACUUCACAGAACAUUCUGUGAGCACAAAAAUCCUAUAUCCUCAUACACUUCUGUAUAUUUAAGGGAAAUGGACCAUACCACUACUUCUAAAUAUACUUGUAAUCUUGUUUAACUCAGUAAUUAAAGGUUUUGAUAUCAUAAAAGGAAGGCUAUUGUAGCAGACGGCUGUCUUUCUAGCAGACGGCUGUCUUUCUAGCAGACGGCUGUCUUUCUAGCAGACGGCUGUCUUUCUAGCAGACGGCUGUCUUUCUAGCAGACGGCUGUCUUUCUAGCAGACGGCUGUCUUUCUAGCAGACGGCUGUCUUUCUAGCAGACGGCUGUCUUUCUAGCAGACGGCUGUCUUUCUAGCAGACGGCUGUCUUUCUAGCAGACGGCUGUCUUUCUAGCAGACGGCUGUCUUUCUAGCAGACGGCUGUCUUUCUAGCAGACGGCUGUCUUUCUAGCAGACGGCUGUCUUUCUAGCAGACGGCUGUCUUUCUAGCAGACGGCUGUCUUUCUAGCAGACGGCUGUCUUUCUAGCAGACGGCUGUCUUUCUAGCAGACGGCUGUCUUUCUAGCAGACGGCUGUCUUUCUAGCAGACGGCUGUCUUUCUAGCAGACGGCUGUCUUUCUAGCAGACGGCUGUCUUUCUAGCAGACGGCUGUCUUUCUAGCAGACGGCUGUCUUUCUAGCAGACGGCUGUCUUUCUAGCAGACGGCUGUCUUUCUAGCAGACGGCUGUCUUUCUAGCAGACGGCUGUCUUUCUAGUCCUCCUAGCAGACGGUUGUCCUCUUUGUUGACGGUUGAGUUUGUUGGUUUUAUGUUAUCUGCUUCGUUCAAAUAUUUUCUAACAAAACAAUGCAAAAGAAAGCAGUGUUGUUCUUGCAGUAGUUGGAAACCAUAAGGAGAAUCCCUUGCUGGGCAUAAGUAAUAAGUAACAGCUGAGUAGUGUGGUGCAUCUGUGUCUGAGUGACUUCUGGGCGUAAACGUAUUUAUGUGUUCUGAAUUUUUACACUAACAGCUGUGGGCAGUUUGCACGCAACCACUUUUGGAGCCAGGCUAGCUCGCCGUGCGUUUCGUUGCCCCCGCGGCACACUAGUGGUUUCCGAGUGACUGCUGACUGCAAUUCCAUGAUAAAGAACUCGUGACACUUGUACAGCUGAGGGUUUUCAUUUUAUUCUGUUUCUUCCAUUAAGACUGGAAUCAAGCUUAUGUGUAAACUAUUGGUAAUUUAAUUUUUUGUUUUUAUUUUUUGUGACAUAAAAUGUAAAAAGAAAAAAUGUCUAAUUUGGAAAAAAAAUGUAGGUUAUUAAAAUAAAGAUUUAGGCACUGUUA